AACAGGGUGAAAAACAUUACACUCAGUGAGCAAAUUAACACUUAGAGUUGGUUUCGUCCACCAUUCUCUGCAGUCUGCAGUGGAUAUGGCGUCACUGAAAAGUGUAGGAGUCGAGAAACUUCAUCUAUGUAAAUAACGUCAAUAAGAAAGCUGUGUGACAAGCUAGGUAGUAACACACAGUCCCUAGCUUCAUUUAAUACUUUUGAUUUAAAGUAUGCCUCGGAAAAAACCAUUUAGCAACAAACAGAAGAAGAAACAGCUACAAGUCAAACGGGAGAGAAAGAGAGGUGACACUGGCUCUGGGCCAAGCAGCCGCAAUGCUAGUGUGGAACGAGGAGGAGAACGCCAGUCAGAUACAUCAGACAGUGAGACCACUGAUGUCAGAAGAAUAAAUCAGCAGCCCUUCAGCAGAGAAGGUAGAUAUGACCCCAACAGGUUUCGACUACACUUUGAGAAGGAGAGUAAAGAGGAGGUGGAGAAGAGGAAGAAGAUGGCACGGGAGAAGGUGCUGCAGCCUGUAUCAGAUAAAGAACUGGAAAUUGACAUCAAUGACAUCUAUCCAUCAGAAAAAGGUCUUGGUUUCCCACGACGGCCGUCCUGGAAUUAUGAGAUGACACGGGAAAGCCUGCUGAGGAAGGAGGAAAAGUCAUACAGAGAGUACCUGGAUGACCUGCACUCCAGAAACCCUCCUGGAUCUCUCAGCCACUUUGAGCACAAUCUGGAGACAUGGAGGCAGUUAUGGAGAGUGUUAGAGAUGUCAGAUGUCAUCCUGCUCAUUGUGGAUAUCAGGCAUCCGGUGCUGCAGUUCCCUCCGGCCUUGUAUCACUACAUCACAGGAGAUCUGCAGAAGCAGGUGGUCCUGGUAUUGAACAAAGCCGACCUGUGUCCUGCCCCACUAGUGAUUGCCUGGAAACACUACCUGACUUCCCAGUUCCCCCAUCUGCAAAUAGUCUGCUUCACCUCACACCCAGGACAGCCCUACAGCACAGUGCUCCAGAAGAAGAGGAUGAGGAGAAAGGCAGACUGGAGCCAUGCUGGAGGUCCGUUAGAAAUCCUAAAGGCCUGUCAAGACAUCACAGCUGGGAAAGUUGACCUUUCUAGUUGGGAGCAGAAAAUUCAGAGAGAUGCUGUUGCCGAGCGACUGGGUGGUGAGCGGCCAGAUGAAGGAGCUGAGUCUGUGCUGAUGGAGCAACAAAGUGACAGUGCUAUGGAGAUGAGCAGCAUGUCUCAGGAGCUCUACAAAGAUGGGGUUCUUACACUGGGGUGCAUAGGUUUUCCAAAUGUUGGUAAAUCAUCUGUUAUAAACAGUUUGGUUGGGAGGAAAGUGGUGAGCGUGUCUCGAACUCCAGGCCACACCAAAUACUUCCAGACUUACUACCACCCAACAGUCAAACUGUGUGACUGCCCUGGUCUGGUUUUCCCCUCACGUGUCACGAAACAGCUACAGAUUCUGGCGGGCAUAUAUCCAGUCUCCCAGCUGCAGGAGCCUUACAGCUCGGUUGGUUAUCUCUGUGAGAGGACUCCAUUCCUGUCAGUGCUGAAACUUAAACAUCCCAAUUUACAGGGAAAAGAACCUCAGCAGGGUAAUCAGGGUUCUGAGGAGCUCAGCUGGACUGCUUAUGUGUGUGAAGCCUGGGCAGAGAGGAGAGGCUAUAAGACGGCAAAAGCAGCCCGGAAUGACGUUUACAGAGCAGCUAAUAGCCUUCUUAGACUGGCCAUUGAUGGCAGACUGUGUCUCUGCCUCAGACCAACUGGAUACAGCUGUCUGAGAGAGCACUGAAACCACCCGGAUUUGCCUGAGAUUAUGGUUCUACAAGGACGGACGACGACGGAGGAGGGGACCGGCGAACGCGAUGAUGAGGAGGACGGGGAGUCUAGCACCGAGCCAGAGGAAGAAAGAGACCGGGAUGCUGAUGAUGAUGAGGACGGGGAUGAUGAAGAUGAGGGGUUUGGACAACCAAGGAGGAACGAUGAUAAACCUUCUGGCUUCACUGUCAAUAUGUAUAAUGUCCUUCGGGAAAAUGAGUGUGAGUGAGAACAGAGGAGGCUGAAUUUUCCCUGUCUAACCCAUCACACUUGUCAUUCCUUUUUUUUCCCCCUAAACCUGCAUUCCUUCUCAUUUUUUUUGCAUUAGCACUCCUUAUGUCAUUACCAUCUAUGUACAUUAACAUGACCUGUUCAUUCUGUUUCCUUUUGCCCUAUAAUAUACAGAGUAUAUUCAUGCUGUGCCUCUGCUCUGCUUGUUCUUUAGUGUUGCUUCUAGGAAUGGGUUUGGUUUGGAUUGGUUUUCUUUUUUGUUUUUUUUUUGUUGGGGGGGGGGGGUUUGCAUGUAGUUCUCAGAAACUGACAUAGCAACUCCCCUCAUUCUGCUGGAAUAAUUACUGACUGGUUUUCAAUCUCUGCAUUAAUAAGUGACCUCACAGCUGAGAUGCCAAAGUUCAGGAAAGGAUGUUCAAACAACCAAAUGCACUGUUGAUAUGAUGUCAUUCACUGGAGCAGCCAUGUGGCUCUCAGAUCAGCCGGAGAUUUAAGAGCAUCACUCUUAAUCUUCUUCAUAAAACACAAUAUGUUAGAGUUGGUUAAGGGGUGUGGAAAGGGAUAUGGGAGAUAUUAGACCAUAAAAGUUUUCAGUUACGAGCGUUAUGACUGUGUUAGAGGCGAAUUGGACCGCUCUGUUUUCAUUUCGAUUAUACUGCAUCUCAGAGUGAUGUUUCAUUUGGUGUGGUUCUACAAAGUCAGCAGGACAUUUUGGUCAGAGGGAGGGAGGGAGGAGGGUUGUGUUGAAUCCUGUAUCGCUGGACAAAUUGUUUCAGGAAUUAAACCUGUAGUGUUUUAACUACUACAAACAUUAUCCUUCAGUGCUGUUGUAGAUAAACAGCAUUUGGUGUGGGAUUUGGCUACACUCAUUCAUCAACUUUGUACACUAAGGCAGUGUCAGUUGUUUAAUCCAACUGAGACUGCAGUGACCACACAAAGAGAGAAACUGGCCAUCUCUGCUUUCAUCUGCAUGACGUAUAUAUAACAUUACGACCUCAUUAUACUCUACUGUUGUCGUAUGGACCUAUAAUGUUAACGUUUGCAGUGUCAGAUGCUGUUAAUAAACCUGAUACAGAUCCUCCUCAGUGUUAUUUAAACUUUCUCUUAAACUCAUGAAACUGUUAUUUUGUUCGACCAGUCUCUCUCUUUUUGUCUGUGAUGUAUGAUGGCCCCGCUGCAAUCCUGAGUGCUGUAUUAUCAUAUGCUGUUCCCUUUUUCAUGUAUUUAUAGAGGGAGCUUUACAGCACAGUGCUGUGUUACCAUGUAAUACAUCACACUGCAGCCACAUGCAGUUGUUCCUACCACUGGUACAAUGUACACAACUCUAACAUGCUCUUAGAAACACAACACACACAGUUGUGUUAACGUUUUACAUUUUGUUUUUUGGGAAAUACUGACUGGAGCGUGUAGUGAGUGUGAAGGCUUGAUGUGGUGUCAGGCUUUUUGCUGCAUUCCACAUUCAUUCCUUGUAUGCCUAAUGAGCGAACUGGACUGCUUUCUGCAAUAAAUAAUCUUCUGAACAAU